UUCAGCUUCCAUAUUCGUCACUCAAAAACAGAACAGAAAAGAGAAAAAGAGAAGACACUCGUAGUGGCGGCACGCUCUCUUCACCCUCCAAGCUGCGAAUUUCCGGUUUUUUCAUAAUCCUUAUAGAUACAAAAUGGGUAAAGCUAAAAAAGGACCUAAAUUUGCUGUGAGGAAGAAGGUUAUUACCACUAAAGCUAUCAAAAGCUACAAGCAGGAGGUUUUGGACCCAAGAAAGAAGGAUCAUGACAAGGAAAAGCUACCCAGAAACGUGCCUCGCUAUUCUUCAGCACUUUUCUUUGAAUACAAUACUGCAUUGGGACCCCCUUAUCGUGUUCUAAUAGAUACCAACUUCAUCAAUUUCUCCAUCCAAAAUAAAUUGGAGCUGGAGAAGGAAAUGCUGAAGUGUUUAUAUGCAAAAUGCACUCCUUGUAUCACGGAUUGUGUGAUGGCAGAGCUUGAGAAGUUAGGGCAGAAAUAUCGUGUUGCUCUAAGGAUUGCAAAGGAUCCACGAUUUGAGAGAAUACUCUGUACUCAUAAAGGGACCUAUGCUGAUGACUGUAUUGUUGAUAGAGUUACUCGGAAUAAGUGCUACAUUGUUGCAACUUGUGAUCGGGACUUGAAGAGGAGGAUCCGGAAGAUUCCUGGUGUGCCAAUAAUGUACAUCACGAAACGCCAGUACUCGAUUGAGCGCUUACCUGAAGCAACUAUGGGUGGAGCACCAAGAAUAUGAUGGAGUGACAGAAAUGGCAAAGCUCUGUAUACUGAUAAUUCAUGCUAGAUCUUGUUACAGUUUUGAUCCUUUUCUAGCAGCAUGGAAUUCGAGAAGCUUGGCAUGUACACUGUUAGAUUGUUUCAUGAAAUUUUCCUAGUUUAAUUUCAUAGAUAUAUGUUAUCAAAUUUUGUUAAUAUAUGUGGGUUAAACCUAAUGUCUCACAUACUCCAGUGUUCUUCGUUAAAUCACUCGCUGAAGAUUAGAAAUCGUAAAGUUGAAAUUCUCCGGUAUAAGCUUUACAAAUUGUAUGAGAAAAUGGAUGAUAGCAAUAGUAUAUAAACUUCA